AUGUCCCCGCCAGCACCGGCUCCUCGCUCUCGCCUGGCUGGGUAUGACAAUAUCUCCCAUUCUCAAAGAAGCACUUCACUGACUCCGCGUCGUCAGGCUGCUGGUGGCGUAGCAACCAGUAUUAUACCCUUGCGCAAACGAAAGCCCGUCACUCGACAAAAAACCUGGUCGGAACCCACCACAGAAGAGCAAUUCUAUGACGCAGCAAGCGAGCUUGGGGAUCAAAGCAGCAACAGCAAUAGUACUGCGACAGCGUCUCAAAGUACUUCGCAUCAUGGGAGUGCCGCUCCCAUGAUUUCUGUGGCAAAAACCAUCAAUCAACUGCUCCAUAAUCCCUCCAAUCGAUGCUGUGCGGACUGCCGAUCAGCUCUGGUGGAUUCCAGUCAAGUUCAUGCUUCCUUUCGACCUCCUCAUCUGAAUGGCCGGGAUACGAUGCCAAAACAAUUGACAAGGAGUGAUUUGAUGGAACGCAGGAAUUUCUCAGAUGCACAUCAUGCCUUUGCCCCGCCGUUUCCAACACUAGAAACAACCCGAAAUAGCAGUGCAUCCGCCAAUCAUGUGGUCGGAAAAAGUAAUAAACAAGUCACAACGAAUGGUAACCGCUCCAAGUCACCCAAACGGAGCAACGGCAGGAACGAAUUGGAUCGGUACACUCACCACGGACCCCUCAAUCAGAGUACAAAGGAAUUUGCGAACAUUACUGAAGCUGCCAGAGACUUCCAUGCCAUGAGUCAAAGUACGAGGGAAUUCACAAUUCACAAUCCCUAUAAAGCAUCAGACCCUUGGUCACCACCUGAUGCAGCGCAACGACAACCCACAUCUCCCCCACAGGAACAACCACCGCUACCACCACUUUCGGAACCACCCAAUGGGAGUUUUGUGGCUCGAUCUGCCGCAUCGUCUCCCUCGCGGUCGUCUCCACCACCAAAGUCCAAAUCACCCGUGCCAAAUCGUCAGUCUUCGGCCCGUGCGUUUCACAUGCCCGCCAUUGAUCCAGCUAGUUUGGUUUAUCGGCAUGUGCCCGGUCAUGGGGUGUUCUUGUGCGCCCAAUGUGCUCACGCACAUCGAGUCAUGGGAGACAAGGUGACCAUUGUACGGCACGUGCAAGAGUAUCAAAGUUGGACGGCCGAAGAAGCCUUGGCCAUGAAACGGGCGGGAGGGAAUACCAUGGGGUGGCAAAUUUACGAGGCCUACUUGCCCGAACCGUGGCGACGACGACGGCCCAAUCAUUCCAGUCAAGUGUCAGAUCGAUUGGUAUUUUGUAGGGCCAAGUACGAGGCCAUGGGAUUUGUGUUACCACCCUUGGGGGGGAGCCCGACAUCAAUCAAAGCGUGGAAACGAUUGGUACAAAGCAACGAUUGGGCACGACAAAACGGGGCGGCUGCCGUGGAAUUAAACAAUUUGAUUGCCUUGACAUUGCAUCGCAGGCAUGGUAUGGACCAAUACGAGAGGCACAAUGGUGGGAAAACUGACAAUACAAGUGGAAUGCCUCUAGCAGCAGAGCCCAUAUCAGCCUUGCCAGAACGGUUGGUCGAUUAUUUUUGUGUCGUGGGAUCCUCGGGCUUUUUGGAUCCACGGCUGUUGCAGAGAGAAGACUUGGAUCUGUCGACUUUGACAGGGCCCGAAGACUUGGAUUUGGAACCCCGUGUCAUCGACUGUUACCCAUCGACUACCCAUCACCCGGACAUGGAGUUUCCCGAGCACGUGGCAACCUUUGUCAUGCCGGAAGGCUGCCGUCCCAGUGAUUCCCAAAAGUCACCAGUCUUCUUCACUUUUGUGUUGACUGCCGCGUCGGGGCGCCGACUCUACGGGGCAUCACUGCAAUUGUACGACGAAGCCAUUGAAACUCAGGAAUUGCAGGAGAUCAUUGAAAAGUCUGGAUACACGGGGGCUUACCCCUCGUGGUUGUCGACUCCUCCAUCGGUUUCUGGUGGGCUUUCAGUAGAUUCCUCGCGCAAUUCAUCUGAUUACGUGGAUAUUGUCUACCUGCCAAAGUGCUUGGUGGUUCUAUCGCACUAUCAAUUCUUUGAUCUCUUUCGGAAUUUUCUGCUUCAACUGUAUCGCAUCACUUUGGUGGAAGCACCGCUUCCCAUAGAGCGAUUCAUUGCCAAUUUCUGCUGCGAAGUCCCGCUUCCUCCUCUUGGAAAAGUCGAAGUCAAGUUUGGGUUCACGGUCAAAGACAUCUGGUCAAUCCAGAGACCACCGGAGAACCAGCUGCCCCUGGCCAGCUUCUCCUACAAACCAAUUUUUGCCUGUCUCAGUCCGGGAAACAUUAUGACUUUGCUUGGGUGUCUCAUGGAAGAAUCACGGGUCGCUCUUUGUUCCCGUCAUUAUGCCUUGUUGGCGCCUAUUGCAGAAGCCUUACUGUCCUUCUUGUUUCCCCUGCAAUGGCAAGGAAUGUACAUUCCUGUAAUGCCGUACGCCUUGUUGGAUAUUUUGGACGCGCCAGUCCCGUUCUUGGUUGGGCUGCAUAUACGGUAUUUAAUCGAGACAAAGCCAGACAUGAGACCGCAGGGAGUGGUCUUCGUCGAUAUCGAUCGGGAUAUUGUUCAUCUAGGGUACAAUGAAGAGAGCAAUGCGUUUCGAUUGGUGCCAGCUUUGCCAGAACGGGGGGCUCUCAAAUUGAGGGCCAAGUUGGAAGAGCACGGGUCGUCUGUGUAUGUGACACCAGACAACGCCAAGCUGGAGGGGAAUACCAUUACCUCAGGAUAUGGUAGAAUAUUGUCCGACUCCAAGCGCGAGGCAUAUGCGACAACCUUCUAUUCCCCGUCGGCCGCUGCGUCCAUCAAGGAGAGCAGUAGCCUUCCUGGCAACGAAGAGUUUCGCAGACGAAACGACCGUGGGAGCACAGUGCGUCGACGAAAUGUGCUACGGACUGUGGACAAGGCGUAUCAAGAAAAUGAACUGUUGACGCCUAUUACUGGGUUCCUGUCGGAACAAGGGCAGCUGUACGGUCGGGAGCCUGCUCGUCAGAUAAGAGUGCAUAGAAGUGGAAUGGGGAAGAUCUUUAAUCUUCGUCGUCUGCGAAGCCAGUCGUCGCUCGCUGAAGAAGACGCCAGUGCACAUUUCAGCGGACAUGGCAGUGUCUCUUUCACCAUGACAAACCAUGCGCAUUCUCAUCAGCAUGGGUUCCUUCUAGAUAUGGAUGAGCCACCUGGGUUCAAUUCAAGCGAGAUUCGAAAUGCAUUUUUGCGCUUCUUCGUCUCCUUAUUGAAGGGUUACGAACAGUUCUUGAACGUCGACAACCACAACAACCUUUUCCGUGUGGAGGAAUUCCUUGCGGAUCUGAACUUGUCGGUCGGUAGUUAUCAGUUUGUCGAGAAAGUGGUGAAAACUCAAAUGUUCCAGCGUUUCCUGGAAGAGCGACAAAACGACCCUUGCGACCCUCUCUUCCUGUUUUUCGAUGAAUGCAUUAUUGCCAAGCAAAAUCGCUCUAGAAUGCUAAAUGUGCGGCAGAAGGAUACCCCGUUUCUCGACGAUCCCUCAGGCGCCAUAUCAGAAACUUUCACUCCACCCCCUCCGUCCAACUGGGGCUUGCCCGAUGAUGGGCGCUCAUACCACUACGGAUCUUUUCCAAAGUUCAACCAGGACCUUUUUGGGAAGGUCAGAAAACCGAUGAAAUGGAAAGCAGAACGCCGAGGGAGUGCACUCCGUACACUUCCAGCUGUUGUCUUGCCAAAUUCAUCAAAUCAAUCGCCUUCCUCUUCCUGGCAGCACGAGAUAUUGGCCAGGUCACUGGCGCCUGCAGCAACGACGCCGACGGCCUUCUACUGGGCAGCCAAACAGGGAUACAAGAGUCUGGAAUCUGCCAUUGGCGCUCUGUCGCAAUCCAAAGGCAAUGCAAACACUACCGGUACAUGGCUAGAAGACAGUUGGUCAAGUUUGUCAGGGCGAAAGGAACCUGGUGGCAAAGCAAAACCUUCUAAGGAGAAAAAAAGGGGAGACUUCAUGAAGGCUGGUUUCUUUAAGGAUCUGUCGGCGGCCACCCUCACCUCGGCACAAGCAGUGCUUGUGAAUGCUCGCCGCAUCAAGGGAAUAAUUCUCGAGGUAGUUUGCGUUAUCCAGUCCACCUGGAGGAUGCAAAUGGCAAGGAGAAAAUAUGUUCGGUUCUUGAAAGCACUUCGUCUGCUUCAGUACAAGUGGAGAAGACACGUUCCCGAAGGGCUAUCUGAAAUGGAUCAACUUGAGAGGGCCCGACAAUCAAUUGCAAAACUCCAACGCCUCUGCCGAUCUUUUCUGCUGAUUCAAGGGUUCAGAAAGAAACGAGCAGCAAUUGUACUCAUACAGAGAUGGUUUCGAGGUGCAGCCUGCAGGAAGCACUGCAGGAAGUUGGAGAGGGCAUGCAAGAGAAUCCAGAUGCUAGUGCGUUCUCGACGGGCCCAGUUUGGCUUGAAGUUGCUGCGUGAUCUUAUAGCGAAGGUGCAGGCGAGGAGCCGAGGCUUCUUGACAAGAAAACGCAUGUCAUCACUCAACAAGCGUCGAAUGUCCAGGUACCGCGAACAAAUCUUUCUCCUGUGGAGUCGAGUGCACACUCCGCUGUCUUAUAGAACAAAGUUCUGGCCGAUGAUAUCGGAAGAAUGUGGUUUUCUGCGCCUUCGCAUUGCUGAAUCAGAGCUGGAGCGGCUUUGGAUUUUCUUGGAAGUUGACUUCAAUUCGAACGAUUAUGCUGAGCUCGAGGCUCGUGAGAACCAUGCUGAAGAAUUGCGCCUUGCGAAACAGCUCGGUAUUACGGAUCACACAUUUUGGCGGUGUCUGAAAGUGCAACAACUGACCGUUUCUGUGUUGCUGUUCCCAGCCGAAGAACGAAGGAGCACCGAGCUCAGACUGGCCUCGGAUCGUGUCGAAGCAGAGAGAAUUCAGAUUUAUCACCGCAUUUCCGCAGACAGGCCAGAGACGGCGGCGCUACUUUGCACUCUUCUUGGGUUGUUCAACAUCGACAUGAAAGAGAAGAACAAAAAGUAUCGAUUGGCUGAAAUCGUCUGGAUGGAACGAACCCAAGCGAACCAAUCCGAAACGCUUAUGAUGCAGGUCUUUCCCGAGCUCGAAGAGGCUUCCAAUGUCAUUUUCAAUCCCCCCCCAAAGAAAGUGCUGAAGCGCUUUCGCAAUGUGAACCCCACUCCUCCCCGAUUAGGAAAGGCGCACUGGGCUCACUCAAUUCUAAGAGAUCAAAUCAGCAGGAACGUUCGCGAAGUUGCAAUCAACGCAUUGCAAGGUGUUGGUCAGCCCUCGGAGAAGACCAACGAAGGAACCCUCGGACGUGGCAUGGAUUUACUUCGGUACAGCAAGGCUGCUACGGAAGAACGUUACAUAUCAAGGCGACGUGCAUCCAUGGCGGUGUCAGUUGGCCCUUCUUCUGUGAAAGAUGUUCAGACGUACUUGAUUGGUGAUCUCUUGACAAGCCGCACCUGGGAGGGAAAGUGA